AUGAUAGACACUUCAGAGGUAGACAAAAUGAAGAAGUCAGGUACAGUUAAGAAGAGAGACACAUCAGAGAAAGGCAAAGAAAAGACAGAUACAGAAGAAAUGAUAGACACAGCAGAGAAAGACAAGAUGGAGGAGAAGUCUGACACAGAAGAAAUGAUAGACACUUCAGAGGUAGACAAAAUGAAGAAGUCAAGUACAGUUAAGAAGAGAGACACAUCAGAGAAAAACAAGGAGAAAGAGAAGUUAGACACAGAAGAGAAGAUAGACACAGAAGAGAAAGACAAGAUGGAGGAGAAGUCGGAAACAGAAGAAAUGAUAGACACUUCAGAGGUAGACAAAAUCGAAGAGAAGUCAGGUACAGUUAAGAAGAGAGACACAUCAGAGAAAACAAGGAGAAAGAGAAGUUAG